UAUUCUACGUGUGACUACGUAUGUGCAACAUUGUUUCAAAUAAUUUAAACAUUAAUGGGUUUUACAGAAUAUAAUAGUAGUAGAAAAGCAAACUGUCAAAAAGAAAAUAAAGUGAUCUACUUAAUAAUAUUAUUUAAAUUUAAGCUUAUUGUCUCGUGUUACUAAAGCAAGUUAUACACUUUUUGCAAAAGGUAGUAGCCAGCUAAAGAGUUAAAUGUUCGAAACCUAUUCGACUCUUUGCUCCUGCAUAUCCAAAAUGACAGUCAGCUGACGAGAAAAAGUUUUGGUUUCCGAACCCAUAUGUUAACGAGCUGAGAUCCAGCUACCCCAUUGGCUCGUUCCGAACCUGACGUCACGUCAGCUAUAAAACUCAGCAUUGCUUUUAAACUGUACUGUAGUGUGUCGAGUUUAAAAACACUCUGAGCUCGAUCUGUGUCAGCAGCAUCUAGCGCACAUCUCUCACGUUACACUUACCCGUUUGACCACGAUGAUGUCUGCACUCGAGGAGUCACCAAAGUGUUAAAUGUUUGAAAUACAAGGCCGCCGAAAUCCACAUGUAAAAAGAGGAGAAAGAGAUCCGAUGCAUCUGUGCAAUAGACUGUGCCACGGAUAAUCUGGAGUUUAGGAGCGCACUGAAAACUCCCGUGCAGCCUCUUGUCUGUUUUUUUGUAUUUUUUUUAUUUUCCUGCUUAGAGUAAAGCAUUUUAAACAUCAUCAAGCUGGCUCACUCUCUCCCGACCCAGCCCGCUUUGACAGCUCCUCUUCACCCGCUCUGGAGGACGGUCAGCAGCAAGAGGAUGGCAUCAGAGCUGGCACUGAGCAGCUCCGACCUGCCCACCAGUCCCCUGGCCAUGGAAUAUGUUAAUGACUUCGAUCUGAUGAAGUUUGAGGUGAAGAAAGAGCCACUGGAGCCCGAUCGCAGCAUCAGCCAGUGCAGCCGCCUGAUCGCCGGGGGCUCCCUGUCUUCCACCCCGAUGAGCACGCCCUGCAGCUCGGUUCCCCCUUCCCCAAGCUUUUCAGCGCCCAGCCCUGGCUCCGGGAACGAGCAGAAGGCGCACUUGGAGGAUUUCUACUGGAUGACCGGUUAUCAGCAGCAGCUCAACCCGGAGGCGUUGGGCUUCAGUCCCGAGGACGCAGUUGAAGCGCUGAUCAACAGCACACACCAGCUCCAGAGCUACGACGGCUAUGCUAGAGGGCAGCAGUUUAGUAACACGGCCGGGACGGGAGGCGCCAUGGCCGGGGAGGAGAUGGGAUCCGCCGCCGCGGUGGUCUCCGCAGUCAUUGCCGCCGCUGCAGCGCAGAACGGGGCACCUCAUCACCACCACCACCAUCACCACCACGGCCACCACCAGCAGCACCAAACUCCCGGCGUCCCGUCCAGCACCAACUCCCCUGUCGCCCAUCACCAGCACAGCCACCUGGACGAUCGCUUCUCGGACGAUCAGCUCGUUACCAUGUCCGUGCGGGAGCUCAACCGGCAGCUGCGCGGCGUCAGCAAAGAGGAGGUGAUCCGGCUCAAACAGAAGAGAAGAACCCUCAAAAACAGAGGCUAUGCCCAGUCGUGUCGCUACAAGAGGGUCCAGCAGAGGCACAUACUGGAGGGCGAGAAGACCCAGCUCAUUCAGCAGGUGGACCACCUCAAACAAGAGAUCUCCAGACUGGUGCGCGAGAGAGACGCGUACAAAGAAAAGUACGAGAAGCUGGUGAACAGCGGCUUCCGAGAAAACUCAUCGAGCAGCGACAACAACCCCUCGUCCCCGGAGUUUUUCAUGUCUUCCAGAAAGUUCCUUCAUCUGUGACUGUGAGCUCCUUGAGUAUGGCCUUGAUGAGUGAGAUAUCCUGGUGGCAGAUGACGCGAUGACUCUCAAAACAAGGCCUUCCACAAAGCACAAGACCUCAAACUCUCUGAAGAUGAUGCAAUGAGAAUCAGAUCCACAAUUCCCCGUCUUCCCCUGGCACUGUUCUUAAGAGCCGAGUCCUUUGAUAGAUCCCUUUUCCUUGAUUGCACCUACUGCUUCUUUUUUUUCUACAAAUAAACAUAUCAAACAGAAGACAACUGGAAAAGCUGCAACAAAACUGAAAUUGGAAGAAAACUAACCUUAUGGAAAGGAUGGUAUCUUGCAGCUGAAAACACUCUUACUUUUCAGGUGAAAAACAUCAGUGCAUGAAAUCGUGAUUAUUACAUCAGCAAAACAUCGCUUCACUGGGGCCACACUCAGCAUCUUUUGUAGAGGACUUUCUCCAUACAUUGUAAUUAUCCCAUACAGAUACAUAUGUUAUUUUAUGAGUUCAAAUCAUAUUUUCAGCUAGUUUUAACCCACAAUUUUAAGCAAAUUAAAUGAAAGAAAAUGUUAGAACUAAACAUACAUAUAUUACAAAACUAGUUUAUUCCUCAAAUCGUUGUCUUACCAAGCAUAACCACUUUAUGUAGAUUCAAAUUAGCUUAAUUUAUGCAAUAUACACUUUUAUAUCAAUAUAAAUACAACAAUAUGGAGAAAGAAAAUUGACUGAAAAAACUGAAAUUGCUGUCAAGCAUGGUUUUUUUUUUUGUUUGCUUUAGUAUUAUUAAUUAUCAGUACUAUCAUAUAUUAUUAUUUUUUUAUAAUCAUGUAUUGCCCAUUAUUUCUAAAUCUACAACUUCUACCUAAACCAUAUUCCUACAUAAAGUCCAUGACACACCAAGCCAAUGUCUAAUUAGCGGCGACAAAAGCUGACUGUGUUGUCUCAUCAUGUCAGCUGCAUAUCUACCAAAAAAUGUGAUAGAAGACAACAAAAUAACUGCAGAUAACUGCAAAUCUGCAUUCUGCACCUACGUGUAGGGCAGCAACUGACUAUAUCAGCAGGUACAAACAGACUGUAUCUCUUAUUCAAAUGAAACUGAAACUAGGACUGUGGAUACAGAAACCAUAAAUAAUAAAAAAAGUGCUGACUAUUCUGAUUAUAAAAACUGUUCUUCAUUCGGGGCAGCUCAUUUUGUUUUAAAAAUGCUCACAUACUUAAGUGCUCAGGUAAGAUGACAAGACAUUAGAACAGACUUCUGUCUUUACUGUCUUCAUUCACAUUCAUCAAAAUCGCUUCACUCAUAUACUAAAUUAAACUGAAGGCCUUUCUCGCCAAAGGGCCUGACGUGGGUUUAACAUGCUGAAUCGGAUGAAGCGCCGUCGAUGUGAGAUAGACUAGAGCCGACAUGCAGAACACACUGCAAAAACUGGCCCAACAGAAGCUCACAGAAUGUCCGAUGUUAAAUGAUGGCUGACUGUCAGCUUGGUGUGUCACGGCCCUUAGCACUUUAUAAACCACAGACAACUUGGAGAUGACUAAUUAAAUCUAUAGCACGUAUCUGCAAGAUGACUUAAAUGUAUUGGCUAUAAGAGUUACUCAAGUAAUAUGUUCAUCUUUUGCUCACCCUCAGUUUGUUCUGGAUUAAAACCUUUCCUCUACAUAACAAAUAAACAAAUCAGAGGUUUUAAAGAAUGUUUGUGUUGCUCUUCGUCAUUCACUGUAAACAAAAAAAAAGUAGAUUUAAAAAAUCAUAUCAUAAAGAUUAUUCUAUACAACAUGAAUUUUAACAUCUUUUGAUACAUUUUGUACACUUGGAUAUGAGUCACGCUAAAAAUGAUAACGUUAGCAUUUCCAAGCUUAAAAACUAUUAAUUUUCCAACAUGAGGGUGAGUACAUUUUUUG